GGCGUUUCUCCGCGCGCUCGGCUGGCGACCAUGGCGGGGCUCCGUUGCGCGCUGCUCUCCCUGCUCGCCGCCGCCGCCGCUGCCGUGUGGCCGCAGCCGCAGUCGCUGCUCCAGGCUGCCCAGGGCGGCUGCCGCCUCCGAGCCGGGAGCUUCCGCUUCGGCUAUGCCGACUCGUCGGCCGUGGGGCCCGGCUGCUCGGUGCUGGACGAGGCGUUCCGACGUUACUGGGCGCUGCUUUUCCUUCCCGGACUCGAAGACGCAGGUCAGGCGGGGUUGGGGGGCUAAGGGUGAUUUUCAAGGAGAAGCACCGCUCUUCUUUCGUAUCUGCACGCUUUGCCAUCCCGGACGGGGCUUGCGGGAUUUGAUUGCCGAGGGGAACUCUGUGCAUGCCCAGAGGCACACCGCUUCCUCCCUUCCAAGCUGGGGAACUGAAAGCUCCGAGCGUGGCCGAGUCUGACCCCUGUUUGUAGAAAGCAUUGCAUCCAGCAGUUUUAUUUCAGUUUUAAAACUGUGAAAAUUAUGCAAAGUAUUUCAUUUGUACUCAUUCUGAUAAACUAAAUAUUAUGGUAGGAGGUGCCGCUGCUGUUUGGGAUGUGUGUAUGUGUAGGGGAAAAAAGAGUAUCAACACAGUCAUGUGCAUUAUUUUAAAAUGUACCCCUACACUAAUAAUGCUGUUGUCCAAAAUAAUGCAAGUCAUGUUUAUUUAGUUGCAUUUCUAAGACUUUUUAUCUGGCCCCCAGAACCCUCUGUAGGCCACGCCCCUUCACAGUCCCUACUUUGCACCCUCCAUGCAUUGUUGUUGCUGUUGUCUGACUCAAAUGAGUCCUUGAAUUCUGGUUGUACCUCUUGCAAUAAAUUGUGGGGGGUGUGGUGUGUAGCAACUAGCCUAGUAUACAAAGGUCAAUUUUAUAUUUCUUGCUCUUCCCGCGUUAGCCUCUGGCCCAGCUAGAAUGUGGUUCAUUAUUUGCCUUCUGAACAACAACUUCAGGGCAAUGUACCCCAAAGAUAAUGCAAAACAGUUAAAAGCACAAAAACAGCAAAGGUGUUUCAAAUAGAAGUAGAGCCAUACAAAGCAGACAUUCGUGGUAAAGACCCAUGCAGUUGGGGAAACUUGUUGGAACAAAAAUACCUCCAGUUGUUUCUGGAAUGUAUGUAGGUAGUAGUGGACACCUGUCAUAUCAUUUGACAAUGACACCUGCCAGAAGAUCUCAGGAUGUUUGAACGAGCAGCAUCAAACACCACGGACAGGAGGUUUCUUUUAUUUCAGAUAAUAAAUUGCGUGGACAAGCAAAAGAAAAAUGUGAAUUAAAAACUCAUAAAUCUAUGCCUAAGACACAUACUCUUUACUAUUGCAAUUCAAUUUUAUAUUGUAUCAUCAUCAAUACAAUUUUGAUACAAUGGUCACCAUAUUCUCAGCCCUAACAAUAAUUUUCAUAAUAUUAUAGGGGGAGGGGGGAAAUAAGUGUAAUCGUUGCCCAAAUUCAUUGACAGGUGUUUCCUGUGCUAGCAGAGACAAUGAUUUAUCUGUGAUCUUUCAUUCGUUCUUUCUUGCUUGCUUCAAUUGUGUUUCGCAGGGAACGCCCACUCUGAGGACCCCUGUAAUGAGCUUCUUGUGAGUGUCACUGAGCCAGGGUGUGAUGGCUACCCUUCGCUGGACUCCUCAGAGAGCUGUAAGAGAACCAAGUGUCUUAGCACCACCUCCAGAGCUGUGUGGGCUACUGUGUUUGGGCAACUGUGCUCGAGAGCUGCUUCAGUGCAGGUAUUGGUGGCGCUGUGGUCUAAACCACUGAGCCUCUUGCGCUUGCCGAUCAGAAGGUCGGCGGUUCAAAUCCACACGAUGGGAUGAGCUUAAGUUGUUCUGUCCCAGCUCCUGUCAACCUAGCAAUUUGAAAGCACGCCAGUGCAAGUUGAUGAAUAAGUAUCAUUGUGGUGUGAAGGUAAACAGCGUUUCCGUGCUCUCUGAUUUCCAUCAUGGUGUUCCGUUCCACCAGGAGCAGUUUAGUCCUGCUGGCCACAUGACUCGGAAAGCUGUCUGUUGACAAACGCUGGCUCUCUCAGCCUGAAAGCGAGAUGAGUGCCGCAACCCCAUAGUCGCCUUUGACUGUACUUAGCCAUUCAGGGGUCCUUUACCUUUACCUUUUGCAGCAGACAUCACUCACUGAAUGCUGAAUUAGGGUACGUUUGUUUAUUUCAGAGACUGCCCUAUGUACUUUAGGAAGAAUAAGAGCAGGGGAGGUCAAACGGAGACCCUCCAGAUAUGAUUGAACUUUUCAUCUCCUCAUCGCUGACCUCUGGCCAUGCGGGUUGGGGUGAAUAGGAGCUGAAGUGCCAGACACCUCAAGGGCACCAGGUUGGGGAAGACUGGCCAAAUUGAUGGGAGUGAAUUUUUGUUGCUGCUGCUGCUGAACAUUUGGGAGUCAGGAACCCUUUCUAGGCUGCUGAUAAUCACAGUAUAGAUCCCUUAUUUGCCUUCUGCUGACCCCUGCUAUAAACCUAGAAGAACAGACUUGUUAUCUAUCCGAGGUUCCCUAUAUACAGUCAUACCUCGGGUUACAGCUUCUUCAGGUUGCGUUUUUUCGGGUUGCUGACCACCGAAAUCCGGAAGUACCGGAACGGGUUACUUCCGGGUUUUGGCGGUCGCACAUGUGCGCAGACGUGGGCUGCGAAUGCUGCGGGUUGCGAACAUGCAUCUCACACAGAUCACGUUCGCAGCCCGAGCGUCCACUGUACUGGCGUAAUUCUGAGAGAGGCUACAUUUUAAGAAGUCCUAACAACUCUUUUGUUUGAUGCUCUUUCAGAUAAGCUGACCGUUUCGGAUGCGCAGAUGCUUCUGACAGCACAAACUGUAUGGGGAGCGCUCAGGGGUAAGGGUCUGUGUAAGCAGAAGGUCCAUAGCUCAGUAGCUGAGCAUCUGCUUUGCAUGCUUCAGGGCACAGGUUCAAUCCCUGGCCUCUGCAGGUAGAGAGAGACUCCCUGCUUGAAAUCCUGGAGAGCCACUCCCAGCUGGCUGAGCUCAAUGGGCAAAUGGGUUGACGCAGUAGAAGACAACUUUCUACGCUCCCAUAUUUUGUUUUUAAACCAUGUACAUUUAAGUUGAUCUUGCCUUGUUCCACAGGGCUGGAGACCUUCAGCCAACUCGCCUGGAGAGACGAUGAUGGGGUGGUGAGUGUAUAUGGAUCUUCCGUGGUUGGUGAUGUUGAUGCAUCUGAUUGGCCACUGUGAAAACAUGAUGGGCCGUUGGCCUGAUCCUGCAGGCUCUCCUUUCACUGCACUGGAAUCACAGAACAUCUGAAUUACAGCCCAUGGGAUAUCCUUCCCCACCUCUACCCACAAUGAGGCUCAGCAGGGCCAGCUGAAAAAACGGCUGCAGAGGCUAAGUUCAAGAAUGUCCAGUUCCUGAGUCAAAUGGGUUGCAUUUCACUCCCACCAUGCCCUCUGCCAGCUGUCAUCCUUUCCCUCAGGCAAGGGAUUUGAGAUGACGGGGCAGAGGAAGUAGCUGCUAACUUCUGCUUUUGGGGUGUUUGAUUGGAAUAAUCCAGCAAAUACCAUUUAUUUUCAGGGCAUGCCCGUCAGACUUGCAAACCUGGAGCAGCUGCCCCAUACCAGGCAGAAGACCCAUGCUCAGAUGUGAUGAGAGAUGUGAACCAACAACAUUGGGUGGGGGUGGAAGGAAGCAUCAGGUUUGGGGAAGGCUGCGGUAGUAAAAACUGGCCUGGGCCCUGGGGAUGCUCUUUGCCAUCGAAGGGUUUUGGAGACUCUCCUGACUGUCGUUCAUCUCCUCCCCUGCACAGUUCCGCAUAAACAAGACAGAUGUAGUUGACUUUCCCCGCUUUCCUCACCGAGGUCUGCUGCUUGAUACGUCACGCCAUUACUUGCCUUUGAGAGCAAUUCUGGAGACACUGGUAUGUGAAUUUGGCUUGGGGCAACAAGUGUUGCUAGUCUUUCUGGAAAACUCACGAGUCUGGUUCAGAUGAUCAUCCGAAUCAGAAGUGUAGAAACUGUGGUCCUCCAGAUUUUUCUGCUCUAUUGCUGACAUUUAUUAGUAAUAAUCAGAGAACCCCUUUUGGCCUUUUUUUUUAUGUAAAAAGGAAAAUGAAUUAACCUGUUUGAGUUGGAAGAUUGGGAAAAUUCUAGAGGGAUGAUGCGAAUUGUAGUCCCAACACCCAAGCUAGAGAAACACUGCUAUAGAACCUAACAAAAGUUACUGUAUUUUUCGCUCUAUUGGACGCACCGGACCACAAGACGCACCUAGUUUUUAGAGGGGGAAAUCAAGGGAAAAAAUAUUAUUUCCGCCCCCAGCCCCAAAGAGCAACGGACAGGCUGCGUGCAGCCUGUCCACUACUCCCAGAGCUUCUUGGGGCUGUGGGGGAAGCCCGGGUUUCCCCCCCAGCCCCAAAGAGCAAAGAAACCAAGACAGCGAGAGGGAUCCAUCCCGCUGGGUGUCUUGGCUUCUGCCAUAGCUGCGCAACCUCUCCAUCCGGGAGCUAAACCUCUCCAGCGCGGCUAAAGAAGAAGCCAAGGCAGCGAGCACAAUCCAUCCCGCUCGCUGCCUUGGCUUCCUCUUUAGCCUUGCGCAGCGGGAUGGAUCGUGCCCGCUGUCCACCGGGGCUGGACUAGAUGACUCCUGGGGUUCCCUUCCAACCCUGCAAUUCUAUGACCUCGGAAGGUGUUGGGGGUCUCCACCACUGGAGGCUUUUAAGCAGCGGUUGGGGGACCAUCUGCCUGGCGCUUUAGCUGUGAUUCCUACAUUGUGAGGGGGCUGGGCUAGAUGACCCUCGGGUGGCCCUCCCAACUCUAUACAGUCCUACAAUUCUGCAGCAGAAGAUCUACAGCCACUUCAUGCAAUGCCCACUCCCAAUUUUCAUCGGAGAGACAUGUGGCUUCAGUGUCUAGGUAGGUACCCCCCUACCUGCCACUCUUCCCCCACCCCACUUAAGCCGAGGGAAUUCCUGCCCAGAGAAGCUCCCAGGUGAGGCAAGGGUUAAGAUCUACCUCUGGUAAAUGGCUUUCUAUCCCCCCUCUUUCCCUUUUCUCUUCUUCUAUGCUAUUUCCUUCUUUUGUGUUUAGUUUAAUCUGUUUUUAUUGUAUACUAAAAUAAAAGCUGCAAAGUUUCCUUUUUUAUAAUAUCCCCCCCUCCAAACUAAAAGUUAAUCUAGAUAAAAACACUGAUCCAGAGGAAAAGAAGGGGGUGGAGAAAGGAGGAAAAAAGAAAAAGAGGUAGAGAUAGAGAGAUUUUUUUUAAGUUGGCUUCUUUAGCCUUGCGCAGCCUCCCGCGGCUGGAGAGGCUGCGCAAGGCUAAAGAGGAAGCCAAGGAAGCGAGCGGGAUGGAUCGCGCUCGCUGCCUUGGCUUCCUCUUUAGCCUUGCACAGCCUCCCCCGGCUGGAAAGGUUGCGCAAGGCUUUUUUACAAGGAGGGAGAAGGGACUGACUGGCCGUGUCAGUCCCUUCUCCCUCCUGGGGAAAAGCCCACAAGAGCUGCGCGAAACUUGUGUGCAGCUCUUGGGGGCUUUUGCUGCCUGCCUCCCCCCUGCAUUCGCUCCAUAGGACGCACAGACUUUCCCCCUUAGUUUUUAAGACGGAAAAAGAGCGUCCUAUGGAGCGAAAAAUACGGUACUCCUGAAACGGGAUGAUCUCUGCAGGGCUAAUAUAGUGCAACAGGGUCCUGCAAUUCCGCAGUAAUCCCAGUUUUAGCCUGAAGAAUGAGAAGGGGUUAAAACUGGGAGGAAAUGCACGUGGACUGGAAUGACCCCAUCAGGGCAGGAAGUGGAUCUGCUUUAAAAAACAGUGCAGAACCCUGCUAUCUCUCUUUAGAAAUCUGCUUCUGACUGCUGUGCCUAUGGACUCCACUCUCGCCCACAGGCACUGUUGCAUUUAUACAUGUUGUGUCUGGCAGCAGAUUGUCUUGUAACGUAGCGCUCAGCGCCAGAGGAAAGGUUCUAGGAUGUUCCUUUUCUGCAAUGUUUAAUUGCAUCCAGGGGUUUAUAUAUGGCAUAAAACGUAAAAAGGAAGGGAGGGAGUAUUAACAAACGAAACAGAACCCCCGAGAAAGCCUGGGCAAAGUAAAGCAUUUUUGCUUGGUCCUGGAAAGAAAAUGCAGGCUUCGCCAGGCAAACCUGCCUGCGAAGGGAAUUCCAGUGGCAGGGGCCACAACUGAAAAGGCUCUGGCUUUAGCUGCCUGCUUUGCUUUGGAAGACUUGUGGGACUGGAUAAAGCAUAAGGUGGAGCCUCUGAAGUCCCUCUGAAUAGUCUUAGUAAUUGUAAUUUAUAUAUUAAUGGGGGUUGUGGGUGGCGCUGUGGGUUAAACGACAGAGCCUAGGACUUGCCGAUCAGAAGGUUGGCGGUUCGAAUCCCCACGACGGGGUGAGCUCCCGUUGCUCGGUCCCUGCUCCUGCCAACCUAACAGUUCAAAAGCACGUCAAAGUGCAAGUAGAUAAAUAGGUACCGCUUCGGCGGGAAGGUAAACGGCAUUUCUGUGUGCUGCUCUGGCUCGCCAGAAGUGGCUUAGUCAUGCUGGCCACAUGACCCGGAAGCCAAUAAAGCGAGAUGAGCGCCGCGACCCCAGAGUUGGCCACGACUGGACCUAAUGGUCAGGGGUCCCUUUACCUUUACCUUUUAUAUAUGAAUGUAGACCAUGUUGGAGUAGAAAGGUGAUUUCAGGCAUGGUUUAGUGCAGGGAUGGGGAACCUGUCACCUUCCAGAUUUCACUGAACUCCCAGCUCCCGUUGGUCCUUGCCAGCAUGCCCUUUGGUCAGGGAUGAUGGGUACUUCUGUCCAACACCUUCCAGAGGGCUCCAGGUUCUCCCCAUCCCUAGAUUUGUGGGUGGGGAAGACGUCCAGUGACAAACAGCACCCAGGGUACAUCUCACUUCUGGGACCCCACAUGAGCUCUGCAGGGCUGCUUGUUGAGAAAGCCAGCCAGCAUCUGUUGCUAAUCAAUCUCUCAGGACUGUGUGUGCUGCUCUCCAAUUCCCUAGGAUGCCAUGGCCUAUAACAAAUUCAACGUGUUCCACUGGCACAUUGUGGACGACCCAUCCUUUCCGUACGAGAGCGUGACAUUCCCAGAUCUCAGCCAAAAGGUAAGUCAGCACAAGGAGUUUACCAAAGAAUCCCUUAAGGGGAUUGGCAAGGGACUUAUACAUGACCUCCCUUCUCACCCCUGCUUUUGUUUAGGAAAUUCUUGGGAAUACAGUGUUUGUGUUGAAACCUAAUGCUUAUGCCCUUCUGGAAAACUGCAGCGUUGCGUCCAUCUGAAGUAUACAGUGGUACCUCGGGUUACAUACGCUUCAGGUUACAGACUCCGAUAACCCAGAAAUAUUACCUCAGGUUAAGAACUUUGCUUCAGGGUGAGAACAGAAAUCGGGCUCCGGCGGUGCGGUGGCAGCAGGAGGCCCCAUUAGCUAAAGUGGUGCUUCAGGUUAAGAACAGUUUCAGGUUAAGAAUGGACCUCCGGAGCGAAUUAAGUACUUAACCUCAGGUAUCUGGCCAAGGAUCGGCUUGGUCAAGCAUGUGUUGAGUGUCCAUAUCUUAGCAGGAGACCCAUGGAUGAGCUCCCUGGACCUGCUCCUCCUCUUAUAGAAGCAUGGGAUCAUAGAUGGAAGGAACCCUGAGGGUCAUGUAGUUCCAACAAUCUGCAGUGCAGGAAUCUCAUCCAAAGCAUCCAUGACAGAUGGCCAUCCAAACUCUGCUUAAAAACCUCUAAUGAAGGAGAGUCCACAACCUCCCGAGAGAGAGCGUUCCACUGUCAAACAGCUCUUACUGUCACCCCAUUGAAACAGGCUUGUCCACCUGCCUUUUACCUGGACCUACUAAAUCAUGGUGGCAAUCAGGAGAAGUGGUAGAUGCCACUGCCUCCUUGCUUACUGGCUCUCUGCCUGACAAGUAAAGCAAGUGGUAGACAAAAUCUAAAGAUGAAGGACCCCUGGACAGUUAAGUCCAGUCAAAGGCAACUAUGGGGUGUGGCGCUCAUCUCGCUUUGGGCCGAGAGAGCCGGCGCUUGUCCACAGACAGCUUUCUGGGCCAUGUGGCCAGCAUGACUCAACCGCUUCUGGCACAACAGAACACCAUGAUGGAAACCAGAGCGCAUGGAAUGCCGUUUACUUUCCUGCCGGAGCAGUACCUAUUUAUCUACUUGCACUUUGAUGUGCUUUCAAACUGCUAGGUUGGCAGGAGCUCGGAGAGAGCAACAGGAGCUCACCCUGUCCCGGGGAUUUGAACCGCCAACCUUCCGAUCAGCAAGCCCAAGAGGCUCAGUGGUUUAUACCACAGCACCACCGGCAUCCCUUUUUUAAAAGUACCAUAUUUUUCGCCCCAUAGGGCGCACCGGCCCAUAGGGCGCACCUAGUUUAUUGGGGGGGAAAUAAAGAAAAAAAAAAUUAUUCCCCCCCCCCCGGCGCAGGGAUGGGGCGGGGGAAGCCCGAGCUUCCCCAGCCCCCAGAACAGGCUGCUGUCCGCAAGCCUAGGGAGCCCGGUGGGAAGUCGCGCCGGUCUCCCCAGGCUUGCGGAUAUCUACCCGAAGUCGCGCAGCUCUCCCACGGCUUGCGGAGAGCUGCGCGAAGCUCGAAGGCUGGGGCGCGCUGAGCUCAGCGCACCCCAGGCUUCAGGAUGCAGGCAGCUCUCCGCAAGCCGUGGGAGAGCUGCACGAAGCCCGAAGCCUGCAGGCAGCUCUCCACAAGCUGUGGGAGAGCUGCGCGACUUCGCACCGGGCUCCCAGGGCUUGCGGAUAGCUUCCUGAAGCCUGGAGAGCGAGAGGGGUUGGUGCGCACCGACCCCUCUCGCUCUCCUGGCUUCAGCGAAAGCCUGCAUUCGCCCCAUAGGACGCACACACAUUUCCCCUUCAUUUUUGGAAGGGAAAAAGUGCGUCCUAUAGGGCGAAAAAUACGGUAGGUGGUAGCAAUGAGGAAGAGGAGCAGCCCGAACAGCUGGUGAAAAUGGCAGUGAAGGUACAGACUCCUAGAUGGAGGGUGUCUUUCCCAAAGAGUCUCCAAAGCCUGGAGUUGGCGCUCUGCUUGUCUUUCUUUAAACUUUUGAGGGUGAGAAAUAUCUCUGCCAGGCUGAAGGCCCCAUCUGCACUAUACAUUUAUAGCGGUAUCAUACCACUUUAAACAGUACUGUGCCCGCCCCCCCGAAUAAUGGGAACUGUAGUUUUUCCAGUGUGCAGAGAAUUGUUGGUAGACUCACAUUAUCUUCACAGAGCUACAGUUCCCAAAGUUAUCUGGGAAAGAGGGAUUGAUUGCUAAACCACUCUAGGAAUUGUAGCUCCGAGAGGGGAUUAGGGGGUCUCCUAGGAAUUCUUCACACUUAACAAACUACACUUCCCAGGAAGCCAUGACUGUUUAAAGUUCCAUGAUAUUGCUUUAAAUGUACAGUGCAGAUGGAUUAGGUGAGAAUUUUGAAUAAUCCACUUCUCUUAAGGACUCCAGCCUAGACACAAUUUUAACAAGACUUGUAGGGCAGUAAGAUGUUGUGACUUUGUGCCUUUCCAGGGAGCCUUCCACCCUACCACCCAUGUGUACACUGCCAGAGAUGUGAAGACAGUGAUUGAGUAUGCCCGGCUGCGUGGGAUCAGGGUGAUUUCCGAAUUUGACACUCCUGGCCAUACUCUCUCGUGGGGUCCAGGUAAGAGCUGGGCUGCAGCGACCAGCUGAAUGGCGUACUUAGUGGUUCCUGGAGCCAAUGUAUAUUCUGAGUCUAGAGUUAGGAUCUGAACACAAACGAAAACCACCUGGCUGAAAGGUGUGUGCUAGAUGUGUAGCUGUUUGAACCAGGUGCUUAUAUGACUCUUUCAGUGUGUAAAUCUAAUGUAUUUAACAUUAUAUGUAACAUCUAAUUCCUUAAAAUCAGCACUGGCACACCAUAGGGCUGUGUGCUAAGUCCCUACCUGUAUUCAUUGUAUACAUACGAUUGUGUAUCAUCUGACCCGUCUACUGCAAUUAUUAAGUUUGCAGAUGACACCACCAUAAUGAGUUUAAUAACAGGUGGAGAUGAAUCAGUGUAAAGAGGGUAGGUCCAAAAAAUAUCUACAUAGGGAACAACUUGCACCUUAAUAUCAGCAAGACAAAGGAGAUGGUGUUGGACUUUCAGAGGAAGAGAGGAGACCUUAGAGACCAACUACGUUUGUUCUGGGUACUGUAUAAGCUUUCGUGUGCAUGCACACUUCUUCUGAUAUAUAGACAUGGUUAGGAUUGGGCUGUUAGUAAAUUGUAACUUUCUGCAUGCUAUUCUUAGCUUUAUAAGUCUUUCCAUUGGGUCCCUUUUGGCAAAGGGCCACCCAUGCAGAGCUUGCUUUUUUCUUUUGUCCACUGCUCCAUGUGUUUAAGCAGACUCCUCCCACCUCAAUCCCACUCCUGCUUUUGUUUUUGUUUUUUCUCAUCUUAGGCAUCCCAGGCUUAUUGACUCCCUGCUAUGCGGGCCCAAAUCCCUCCGGAAGCUACGGGCCAGUCAACCCCAUCCUCAAUACAACUUACGAGUUCAUGGCCAAGUUUUUUGCCGAAGUCAGUUCUGUGUUUCCAGACUUCUACAUUCACCUGGGAGGAGAUGAGGUUGACUUCACAUGCUGGCAAGUCUUGAUUUCUUGGAGGGAUCUGGAGUGGGAGUGACAGGGAGGUGGGGGAGAAGCUGGCUAGUUUCAGUGACCUGUGUCUUCUGGGAUAAUAGUUUUGUUGUACAUGUACAGCUUUCUUGCUGUGAACCAUAAGUGUUUCUUCUCUUCUCUCCUCUCUCUCUCUUUCUCUCUCACAGUUUUCUUGGGAGAUGUUGUGAAUCUUUCAAAAACUCCUCCACCCAUCAUCAGAAUUGCUGAAACUCUGUUUGGUCCUCCCUUUCUGACUUCCCUAUCCCAUAAAAUUGACUAGAUAAAUGCAUCCAUGCAAGCAACAAAUCAAUGACUCAUAUUUUUAAUAUGUAAUUGGCUGAUUGUGUUACGCCAAAAGAACAAGAGGUCAUAAAACAAGCACAAUAUAUUUACAUGCCCAUCAGAUACAGUCUCCCUUUCCAUCUCUGUUACUUUCCAUCAGACUACAUAUCCGGAGCAUUUUAAUUAUAGAUAUCCACAAGAAAGGCAGAUUUUCCUGACCAGUAGGCAUGCUCUGCCCAUUGUUUUCAGGUUUCUUCCUGUCAUCUGGAGUGGCUAGGAUCAUAGAGAUAUAUAGUUGGAAGGGACCCCAAGUGUCAUCCAAUCCAACCCCCGGCAAUGCAGGAAUCUCAACGAAAGCAUCCAUGACAGGUGGCCACCCAACCUCUGCUUAGAAAUCUCCAAGAAAGGAGAGUCCACAACCUCCUAAGGGAGUCCGUUCCACUGUCAAACAGCUCAUACUGUCAGAAAGUUCUUCCUGAUGUUUCAUCAGAAACUCCUUUCUUGUAACUUGAAGCUGUUGUUUCGGGUCCUACCCUCUGGAGCAAAUCAUGCUUGCUUUAAAAAGAAUUCAAAAUCAAAAGGGAUUCUGCUAAAAGAAAGGGAGGAUUCCACUUUGUAUACUGCAGUUCACUGUGAUUACGUAAUAAAUCACCCGAUGUGUGCAGGAUGAGAGGCUCGCUCUUGUUUUUAUUUUUGUUGACCCUCGGAGAAAGCCAUUCAGAGUCUUUGGUGGGUGCUGCCUGUUCUGUGGUUCUAAUCUGGCUCCUCUCCUUCCCAUGCAGGAAGUCCAAUCCAGAUGUCCAGGCGUUUAUGCAGAAGAUGGGGUUUGGUGAAGACUAUACCAAGCUGGAAUCAUUCUACAUCCAGAGGUAAGGACCGUUGCUCUCAGUUGCUCAGGGGCUUUCACAGAGCAGAAGCUGUAGGGACUGCUGCCAGAUGUUGGAAGAUCACCCCAGUCUUCCAGGUGAUGCUUCUUGUACAGGUGCAUUCCUCUGCUUUUGGCCUCCCCAGGGAAACGUAAAUAAAAAAAUACUUUAUCAAAACUCUGAUCUCCCAUCACCUCUCCAAAUCUCAAGAUAUUUACCUAAAGUCCUUUUUGGUUUUGCCCCUUUCUUGAACUGUUUGGAGAACUGAUCCAAGUUAGGUUGCAAUUCUAUACACUCUUAUCUGGAAGUAAGCCCCACUGAAGUCAGUGGGACCUACUUCUGAGUAGCUGGGAUUGGCUAGUAUCACUUGAGCCUCUUCUUUUUCCCUCCCCCAGUUGCUUUGGCUUUCGGCACAGUCCCUGUAAUGUAACCCCCACAUAAGUUGUGGGCUUACUGUGUGGUUCUCCAAUUUGUUCAGAUAAGAAACUAUGGUUACCACUUUUAGAACAAACCAUGGUUUGAAGUUAAUAGCCUGACAUUUUCCAAAGCUGGUGAUUACAGUUUUUCAGUUGGACCAGGUGGGCAACUCAAUUAAUUGCAGCUCGUGCAAAAUAAGGAGCAAAGGUGCUUUGUUGACUCAUUCAUAUCUUGGUUUAUUAAGCUAAGAUAUGACUAUCCAAGCCAGCUUUUUGAGUUGGGAGUGCAAAUGAAGGAACACAGGAAGGUGCCUUAUCCUGGGCCAGUGUUCCGUUGAGCGUCCGUCAAGGCUGCGAACAGCGGCACUGUUGUGGCGUCCAGUCCGCUUCCACUGGGCCAAUCUGCUUCUCCCAGUUAGAGCAGAGUAUCUUGAGCAGCGGUGUGCCUGUGCGGAAGGAAUCUCAGCCAUGCAGUGAAACUCUCGUACAACAGCUGCUUCUAUUCUACAAAGCUUUAUUGUACAGCAGCAAAACAACAAAUCAGCCAGGAGAGAGCAGAGACAUGAUGCUUCUCCUAUCACAGCCAAAACAGAAAGUAAAAACGUUAACAUCACAAAGUACAAUACCCGUAUGCAAACACCCCCCCAGUGACAGGACAUCAUUCCCCUUGAGCUGUUAACUCUGUAAGCUCUGGGUAUCCCCCCAGUCAGACCAUUGGUCCAUCUAGCUCAGUGCUGUCUUACACUGACUGGCAGCAGCUCUCCAGGUUUUCAGAGAAGAACCAUUCAUCGCCCUACCUGCAGAAGCUGAGGACCUUCUGCAUGCAAAACAGAUGCUCUAGCACUGAGCUAUGGCCUGUGCAGGUACUUUGCCUGGAAUAUAGGCAAAGUAGGAAUAAAUGGGGGAAGGAUGGGAAACACCUCCUUUUUUCAGUAGUUGUUUCUCUUUACUCCAGGCUGCUGGAUAUAGUCUCUUCCUACAACAAAGGCUACGCGGUAUGGCAGGAAGUUUUUGAUAACGGAGUGAAGGUGAGAAGGCCUCUAGGUGAAUUUCCAGGUGCUGUGUCCUAUUCACAACUUUCUCUCCCCUCCACCAACCAAUAUAUGGAUCUGCUUCUUGCAUGGUUUAGCAGAAAUUCUUCUUCCUCCCCUCGCCCCCCCUCGCCUUCUCUUUUAUGUGGACAGCUGGGCAAAAGUCGUGGUAGCGGAGCAAUUACAUGUAGGAAGAACGUUUGCGUCCUGUGGAUCCCUCUGCCCCUCUCCCCACCAAAUGCUGCUGAGCAGGAGUGUCGUUGAAUUUGCAACCUUCCCAUAUACAGUGGUGCCUCUGGUUGCGAGCGGGAUCCAUUCCGGAGCCCCUUUCGCAACAUGAGCAGAACGCAACCCACGUCUGCGUGUUAGCGGGUCGCGAUUUGCCGCUUCUGCGCAUGAGCAUGCAGCAAAACCCAGAAGUAACCCUUUCCGGUACUUCUGGGUUGCUGUGGGGCGUAUCCUGAAAGAACGUAACAUGAAGCGAAUGUAACAAGAGGUAUGACUGUAUUCCUUCUCUAGGCAAAGUACCUGAAAGGGCCGCAGCUCAAUGGUAGAGCAUCUGAUUUGCAUGCAGAAGGUCCCAAGUUCUAUCCUCAGCAUCUACAGGUGGGAAUGGAUGUACCAUAUUUUUCGCUCUAUAGGACGCACCCAACCAUAGGACACACCUUGUUUUAGAGGAGGAGAACAAGAAAAAAAAAAUUCUCUCCCUCUGCCCAGCGCCCCUUUAGCAAAGCAGCAGGAGAAAUGGAGCCCCUUCCAUUUCUCCUCCCGCUGUGGCUAUCCAUGAAGCCAGGAGAGUCUAGCUCUCCUGGCUUCAGUGAAAGCAACGCAAAGCCAUGGAGCCUGCAUUUGCUCCAUAAGAAGCACACACAUUUCCCCUUAAUUUUUGGAGGGGAAAAAGUGUGUCUUAUAGAGUGAAAAAUACAGUAGCUUGGAGGGGUGUGUGGCCUGGGGAGAGUCCCAAGGGCAAGGUAGAGGAGCCUGGAGGGCUGCAUUUGACCCCUGGAUCAGAGGUUCCUUACCCCUGGGCUGGGUCAAGGUCGCAAUUACGUUUCUGAGAGGCCAGAAUAAGAGCCAUUUCUUCAUUGGCACAUCCCCACCGUGGUUGCACCAAGCCUGGGCUUCUUGCUGGACUGCUGUAUCAAAGCUCAUCACUUAGGGAUGAAUGCAUCUUUCAUCACCUACAAGUCUCAUCCUAGCCCUGCUGCCUGGGACCAAUGGCACCUAGAGGGGCACCGAUUCCUUAACCCAGGGCCUGCAUGAGUUGGCAGCCAGUGGAGCUGAGAGAAUAUCACAAAAAGUGUGCUUGAUCUCAUGCGCCGCUUGGCUCUUUCUAGCUGCUACUCAUCUGCAAUGCUGCUUCUCUGCCUCCCCUCUCCCAAAGCCGCUUUGCGUUUCUGACCCACCUUUUGUUCUCUUUAAGCACUAAGCUGUUCUGAUCUUUCUCUAAAGAGGAAUAGGUUGCCACUGUCUGUCCCGUUCAGGCUGUUCCUGUAUUACAGGAGUGCCUGGAACAUUGAGCUUUGCAUGUAGCCUAUGUGUGUUUGGUCCCUUUGGCUCCCCUUCUUCUUGUUUUGUGUUCUCAUUUUGUAUUUUUCUGUGGUGAACUGCCCUGGGAUCUCUGGAUGAAGGACAGCAUACAAAUAUUAAUAUUAGGAAUAUUAGUAAUACAGUGGUACCGCUGGAUGCAAACAGGAUCCAUUCCGGAGCCCCAUCCGCAUCCUGAAGCAAACGUAACACACGACUGCACAGGUCGUGUUUCGCCCUUUCCGCGCAUGUGUAUGACGUAAUUUUGAGCGUCUGCGCAUGCGCGAGCAGUGAAACCCGGAAGUAACGUGUUCCGUUACUUCCGGGUCACCGCGAAGCGCAACCAGAAAAUGCUCAACCUGAACCGUAUUCAUCCCGAGGUAUGACUGUAAUAAUAAUAAUAAUAAUAAUUCAUACAUCUGAGCCAAUCAAUGCAUGCAUAUCAAUCACAUGGUACGUCUGAUUAAGCACAUGCUACACAUCUGAUGAAUGGUGAUCCUGGGGUGUCCCAGGGUGUGCGAGAGUGUUGGGGUGCGGAUUUAGUCAGGAUAACAGUGGUGGGGAAAGCGUUAUCCCCUCUCUGGUUUCCUUAUUUUUUUUCUAAUUUAUUACUAUUAUCAAUUUAAUUUAUGCAUUGCUUCCCAUGGAACAUGCCAAAGUGAUUUACGAUACAAUAAAAAAACAUGCAUAAAACACAAAAAAAUAAAAAAUUGUCCAUUAGCACCUAUAUACUAAGUUUGUUCUGGUAUAAGCUUUUGUGUGCAUACACACUUCUUCAGAUACUGAGGUUGAUGGACUUCCAUUUCAUGCAGCUCAAUGUGGUGCCUUCCAUGAUUCUAGAUUCAAGUAGGUAGCUGUGUUGGUCUGACGCAGUCGAAGUAAAAAUUAAAAAUUGUCCAGUAGCACCUUAUAGACCAACUAAAUUUGUUCUGGUAAUAAGCUUUUGUGUGCGCACACACUUCUUCAGAUACCACAUAUAUAAAAUAUAUAUAAAUAUAUCAGAGACAUAUAACAGUUGCAGGUAUAAAAAGCGGUCGAAACCAUUGCAUAUAAAAAGCAAUAAGAACGAAAGCAACUCUGCAGGUUGGAACAACAACAGCACCUGCUUAUAAAUUCAGUUCAAGUCCGGUGCAGAUAGCAGCUGGGAUAAAGAUCUCCAUUUAGAAUGGCUGUAAUUCACGUGGCGUCACUGUUGCGGCUUCCCAUGAUUCCACGGCCGCCCUGCUGUCUUAACUGAACGCAGGGCCCUUCUCUGGUCUCUGACGUGCUUCCCUUCCUGCUUCUCUUUUGGACAGGUGAAGCCUGAUACCCUAAUACACGUGUGGAGAGAGAACGCGGGGACAUACCAAGCAGAGAUGGCUCGCGUCACCAAAGCCGGCUACCGGGCUCUUCUCUCUGCCCCCUGGUAUCUUAACCACAUCUCUUAUGGACAGGAUUGGAUGGCGGUUCACCAGGUGGAGCCAUUGGCAUUUGAAGGUACGUUCUUGGUGUUGGCUUUCCUGCUAUCUUGGGUGCUGUGAGGCAGAGAGGUUGUGAGUCACCAGGCCCGCCCGCAGGGUGUCAGCCCUUGCGUGUGAAGCCCUAAAUGGCUUGUGACCCAACCACCUAAGAGCGCUUCCCUGAGUCUUGACCCCCUCAGGCCCUACGAUUGGCAGGGGAGGCCCUGCUAGUGGUGGCACCACUGGGUGUUGCCUUGUUGGCACAGAACAGGGGCAGGGCCUUCUUGGUGGUGGCUCCCCAUUUGUGGAAUGCCCUCCCUCAUGUGGUGCGUCUCUCUCAUCAUCAGGGGUAGUUAAAGGUAUUCUGGUUCACCCAGGCAAUUUAUUAAAGAUUUUAUUAAUUUACAAAAGUGUGUGCAAUGUCUCUCUCUCGUAUUUUUCCCCCCGUGUAACAUUUUUACAAAUCAGUUUCAUUUGUUGAGACAUUUGGAAGAAAAGGGAGAAAGAGUUGGAGGAGGGGAAGAUGUGGGGGGGUGCGGUCGGGUGGCGACGUUUCUAUUUUACUUACUAUAUGUGGGGUUUGGUGUCAGCGUUGCUUGUGCAGGUUCUCUGCUGUUCACUUGUGUUCCUUUGGUGGUGAGAGAGGUUGGGGUUGGCCUGGGGUAUGGCUGUUCAUUUGGGGUUGGCUGUGGUGGUCUUUGUUUUCAUGUGUGAGUGGGGUGGGUGGGAGGUUCACCCAGGCAAUUGAAAUUAAUGGUUGUGAGGGUAUGUGACUGUUUUUAGAUGUUGUUAAUGUUUUAGAUGUUAUUGUUUUAAAUACAUUUUUUUGAAGAAUACAUCUUGUUGGCAGGCAGCCCAGAACAGAAGAAGCUGGUGAUUGGAGGAGAGGCCUGCAUGUGGGGUGAAUAUGUGGAUGUGACAAACUUAACCCCAAGACUCUGGUAAGAUCAGCGGUCACUAAACCAGGCACACCUUGUCUUGUAGGGGCACAUUUUCUGAUGGAGGUCCUCUUGCGCUCAUUUGCCUGGUUGGAAUGUGUCCUUGACGCCUCUGGCUUCCCAGGAGGAGAGAGGGGCGGCCAGGUUUGCUGAUGAUACUAAGUUGGUUCAGAGUUGUUAAAAUACAAAAAAAAAGAGGUAGCGACAAGAUGCAAAAGGACGUUUGGGCAUUAAAAUGGCAAAUGUAAUUCAGUGUAAACAAGUGUAAGGUAAUUUAGUGCAAUUUAGUCCCUGCAGAGGAUUUUUUCCAUUUGCUCUUAAUACGUGUAGAGGAGAUUCUGCUCUUCCCAUUAUAUCUUGUCUGCCUAUUUCUAUUUCUAUUUUACUUCCGGAUUGUGUUGGCCUUUAGCUUUAAGGCUUAAAUGCCGUGAUUGCAAUGGAGGAGGCGGCCUCCUUCCCGCUACCAGAUCCAUCGUUGUGUUUGCUGGAUUGAUUUCUGUCCUGGACACGGAAUGAAGAAGCAAAUAGUGACAAUUUCCGCUCCUGUUUCCGUUUUGUCAGAAUUCUCAUGUUCCAAGCAAGCAUGCCAUUCCUUAAGCUUAAGCCAGGAGCCUCUUUCGCCAGGUUUCAGUGCUUGCUCCUCAGCUGUGACUUAUUUUCACCAGCCCUGUCAUAGUUUCUGACGUGAGGGCUGUGCUGUUUUAUUUCCUCAAGGCCUAGAGCUGGGGCUGUAGCCGAGAGACUCUGGAGCAACGCGACGGUCCGAGACCUGCAGGAUGCAUAUAGGAGGCUGGGAGACUUCCGGUGCACCCUCCUCAGGUAAAACUCUCUGCUGAGCCCUCUGGGAAGCUUUGUUUGUACCUGUGGCUCUCAAGAGCGAACGUGCAACGUGACCGUUGCAUUAGCCAUGGAGAGUGAAAAGGGCCAGACGAACUUGUGAGCUGUAGCUGGAUAUACAAAGGCCUUUGUGCUUGAUGUCCUGAGAUUUCCAUGCACCUCAGGCAGCAAUCCUGUAUGCUGGGGUGGGGAACUGGAUCUGGCCAUCUGUCAAUCACCGGCUGUGACACCAGGCGACCUACUUUGGUCCCUGCACUGUUUGAAAUCAAACCGUGUGGGUAAAAGCACAGUACAUUGCAAACCUUAGCAACCAGCUGAUUGUCAACGCUUGCAGAACAUAGAUCAGUGGUGCCAGCAAACCUGCUUUUGGCUAAGCCCCACCUGUAACUGCCUUGCUCCUCGUAUUUUAUGCCAGGUGCAGGGCAGGUGGGCAUAGCUUGGCCGAUAAGGUUGAUGCAGUCUUGUGUGCCAGUUAGUGAGACCAGGCAGGCCUUGUUAAGCUGCUGUCCAUGCUUGACUGGGAAUGAUAGAAUUACAGAGUUGGAAGGGACCUGAGGAUCCUCUAGUCCAGGGGUCGGCAACCUAAGGCCCGUGGGCCACAAGCAGCCCACGGGGGUCAUUUAACCGGCCCCCAAGCUGCCCCCGAACCGAGCCACCCUCUCAGUGAGUCCCCAUGCACUGCACUAAACCAGUACAGCACAGCAUGGGGACUCGCUUCCACGUCGCUGGAAAUUGAAUCUGCGCAUGCGCAGACACCGAAAAUCACAUCUGCGCAGACGCCAAAAAUCACGUCUGCACAGACACAUGCUGGAAAUCCAGCCCACAGAGGGAUCUCUGCUGGAGUGAACCGGCCCAGGUGAGGUAAACCUUGGCGACCCCUGCUCUAGUCCAACCCCUGCAAUGCAGGAAUAUGCAGCUGUCCCAUACAGGGAUCGAACCCACAACCUUGGCGUUAUUAGCACCAACUGAGCUAUCCAAACUUAAAAAUGGGAAACGUAAUGCAGGUGGUCAACAAAAGACUUUCUCAAGGCAAAUCUUUAAAAAUGUAGUAGAAACACCGACAACUGGGAAACACUGGCCUGCGAACGCUCCAGUUGGAGAACAGCCUUUACCAAAGGUGUCAUGGGCUUUGAAGAUGCUUGAACUCGGGACGCAAGGGAGAAACGUGCUAAGAGGAAGGCACUCUUGGCAAACCCUCACUGUGAUCAACUCCCAUCCGGAAACCUAUGUCACUGUGGAAGGACGUGUGGAUCCAGAAUUGGCCUCCACAGUCACUUACAGACUCACCGUUAAGACCAUGUUCAUGGAAAACAAUCUUACUCAGCUACGAGGGAUCGCCAAAGAAGAAGAAGCAGCUCUAACCAACUGAGCUACCCAGGGAGUAAGUCCCAUUCAUUUAAGUGGGACUUACUUCUGAGCAAGCAGGCAUAGUGCAGUGUUACCAUGGUUCCCGAACUCUCUUUGCACAGUGAAAGAAAAGUAAGAGAUUUGCUAGAACAGAGCAAAGGCUCACAUAAUCAGUUUCCAGCUAAUUGCCUCCGGGAAGCCCACAAUAUCAUUCAAUAUUUGGACAUGUAGGCUCAAUUUAUUUAUCAGCCGCAACUAAUAAGAACAUAAGAGCAGAUAAGAAAUUGCAAGAGGGGAGAGUGGCUCCUUUGCUCGGGUCCUGCUCGCAGGUUUCCCACAGGUAUCUGGGAAUGUUGUGCUUUCUGACAGCGGCCAACGAGAUGCUUCUAGGAAGCCCCCAAGCUAGGGCGUGGAAGCUCCUUGCUCCCAUGUCGAUUGGUUUUCAGAGUGGGCUGCCUCUGAACUUUCCCCCUCUUAACGCAAGCAGCUGUCAGUUGCUAAAAGGAGAUCUCCAUGUACCAAGGAAUGGCUGCUGUUAGUUUAGAGCAGUUGUGGCUCUGCAGUUUUGGCUGGACUCCUGAUCCCAUCUUCCCUGGUCCUUGGCUAUUCUGGCCAGGAGCUGAUGGGACCAGGAGUCCAACAACAUCGGAGGAGCCCCAGUCCUUCCCACCCUUGCUUAUUAGAGACUGGAGCAAUAAAAGAUAGACAAAAUUAAAGCUCAGUUGGUUAGAGCGUGGUGCUGAUAACAUUAAGGUUGCAGGUUCAAUCCCCAUAAGGGACAGCUGCAUAUUCCUUCUGCAUUGCAGGGGGUUGGACUAGAUGACCCUUGGGUCCCUUUCAGCUUUACAGUUCUGUGAUUCAGUGACUCACCAGAAUCCAAGUAAGUCAUGUUUUCCAGCACAUGUUCUCAGAAUUCCCUGGUCUCUCUGUGGAUUGACAGAUGAUUUAAAAAAGGCUUGGGGGUGUCUUCAGAACGCUGUUAGUAUGCAGUAUGCGGAUGUGUGUUUUAAUUUCUUUUUUCACAGUGUUGAUUGCAUUUGUCUUUUGAAUGUUCUUCGAUCUCUUUUGACGCUUAUGGAUCAUUUUAAAUGUUUUUGAUUUUUUGGUAAACUGCUUAGAAGCUAUAUGUAAAUAUUGUGAAAUAAAAAAAAACAAAAGCACAUCUUCAUUGAGCAUAUUUAUUUUUUGUUUUGUUUGUAAAGCAGUGUGAUCUUCCAUUGAUAUGCUUUUUCUUCUCCUUUGUUGCAGGCGAGGAAUCCGGGCAGAGCCACUGUUUACAGGAUACUGUGACUAUGAAUACAAUGCCUUUUGACCCUCGUCCUGUUCUCUGCCAUAUCAGUAUGACCACUGUAGGCAUGGAGCGGGUAGCACUGAUUUAGUACUAUUUUCAAUAAAAAGUUUCAAUUUUUCGUCAAAGGGAAAUCAAUCCACUAUUGAUCUUGGGUCUUAGCAAAAAAGCCACACCAUUUAAAAUAAGAAUGAUAAUAAAAAUCAGUUAAACAAA